UUGACCCGGAAGCGCUAUAAUAUGGAAGCGAUGGAAUCCACACUGGCUGGGGUUUGGCGACCGGUAAAGGGUAUGCAUAUGAGAAUCCUGGGUUCCAACCACUUUGCUCUUUACUUUUUUCAUCCAGUAGACAUGAAUCGUGUGAUGGCAGCCGGUCCUUGGCGCUUUGCCGAUCACGUCAUAGUCCUGAAAGAGGCUAAGGGGGGGACGCUAGUGUCCAAGGAUGAACUAUUUGAGGUCCCUUUCUGGAUCCAAAUUCAUGGCCUACCUCCAAGUCGCAUAACUGAAGCAACAGGUAGAAAAAUUGGUGCCGAGCUUGGGCAUCUCCUUGAGGUUGAUACAGGGGACGGUCAUGUCUGGGGUUUGGAUUUUAUUCGUGUGAGAGUCCUCAUUGACUCAAGGAAGCCUUUGCGUCGAGGCAUGAAGCUUUCUCUCAAAGGUGAUAUGAUCUGGGUUUCUUUUUGUUAUGAGCGCCUUCCGCAUUUUUGCUAUUGUUGUGGCAUGCUGGACCACGUCGAACGGGAAUGUGAGCUGGGUUUGGAAAUGGAACGUAUGGGAGUAACAGAGCGUCCUUAUGAUGACAAGCUCCGGGCAGUACCGAAGCGUGAGCGACAGGAGGCUACUGUGAAUAAUGGAAGAUGGCUACGUGAUGCCACCGAAAACCACAUCGGCGAGGACUCACGGGGGAGACGUCCAGCUCCCAAAAUGGCAAGAUGGCCUGUGUUGGAAUCCCGCGAUUGUCACGACGCGAUAGCUGGCCUAAAUGACCGUGAUUACCGGGGAAAUAAGGAGAUUCUGGCUGAACAAAUCAGGGGCAAUAAAAUGGGCAGUAAUAGCCUAAAUAUGCACAGUCAACUGGAUGAAUGCCCACUCGAUUUGGAAAUCAAAGCGGAUUUGAUGGAGAGACAUCCGCUUUUGGGGGAUUCGCAGCAAAUCAUAAGCACAAGUAAUGAAGUUUCUAAUUUGGGAAAUCCAGAUGGACAGCUUCAUGGGCAAGAUGCCCCCUUACUGCAACAUUCCAAAACAAGUGGGCCAAGGACUUUCGUCGAUGUAGAGGGCAUACAGAACCAUUCCCACCAAGAGCCCAACUUGACUAUUAAGGCCCAAGAAUCAACCUCAAUCUUCAUGUUCUCUUCAGCCCAAAGUGACACCCCAUCAAAGGCUAGAUCCUGGAAGAGGGAAGCUAGGGAACGGCGCCACCGGAGCCAACAUCCAUCACCUUCUUCGGGGCAAAUUAAAAGGAAGGAAGAGCAAUUCCAGACCAUUGUGGCUGAGCAACUCGACGGGCUUGGGAACCCUCGUGCAGUUCGAUGCCUCAUCGAAUUGGUGGGGUUAAAGCAACCUGCAGUAGUGUUCUUAUGUGAGACUCUACUGGAUAAAAGGGGUAUGGAGAAAGUUCGACGAAGACUGGGUUUCACUCACUGUUUUGUCGUGGACAAAGUAGGGCGCAGUGGUGGUUUAGCUGUGCUUUGGAAACUUGAUACCAAAUUAUCACUACUCUCUUUCUCUCAGAAUCACGUUGAUAUGGAGGUGGAAGGCAUGGGAGUUGGCACUUGGCGUUUCACAGGUUAUUAUGGCCACCCUGAGAGACAUAAUCGGAGGCGUUCAUGGCAACUGCUAAGAGAAUUAGCCAUUAAAUCUGAUCUACCAUGGUUGAUCGGGGGAGAUUUCAAUGAUCUUUUACACUCAGAUGAGAAGAUAGGUGGUAACCCCCAGCCGGAGUGGAUGCUACAGGGAUUUCGGGAGGUGGUCGAUGUAUGUAACUUAGCUGAAAUACAAAUGGUUGGUGGCCACUUCACUUGGCGUCGAGGACGUGUUGAAGAGAAGUUAGACAGAUCCCUGGCCACGCCCACCUGGCGAGCUUUAUUUCCCCGUGCAAAAGUCAGACUAUUGCCCCCUCUAUCUUCUGAUCACUCCCCUCUAUGGAUUACUCUUGAUAGUCACUAUAAGAGAAGGAAUCGAGGCAGAAAGAGGUUCCGGUUUGAAGAUAUGUGGCUUCGAGAUCCUGGGUGUACUGAAAUAGUAAAAUCUAGUUGGAGCUCUAUUGUACGUGAAGGGAACUGGAACUGUCUACUGCAAAAAAUCAAUGUCUGCUCCACAAAUCUCCAAGGUUGGAACACUUCUCAUUUUGGUCAUGUGCAAACACGACUUAAGCAAUGCAUAGAGAGCCUCGAAUCUUUGAGAAACAAAUCCCCCUCAAUCACAGCUCAAGAUGAAGAGAAAAAGGUGCUUGCAGAAAUGGAGGAAUGGCUAGAAAGGGAGGAGCUUAUGUGGCGACAGCGCUCAAGAGAAAUAUGGUUGCAGGAGGGGGACCGGAACACGCGAUUCUUUCACAGGAGGGCAUCUAAAAGACGAGAUAGAAAUAAGGUAGAGAAAUUGAUGAAUGCAGAAGGUGAAUGGAAGUAUGAAUUUGCAGAGUUGCAGAGCAUAGCCACAAGCUAUUUCUCUUCCCUAUUUUCAUCUAUCUCCCCUAAUAAUAUUGAACAAGUGACCUCCUGUUUAAGCCCUCGGGUCUCUGACGCUGAUAAUGCUUUCCUGCUCCAAAUGUUCACGGAAACAGAGAUCAAGAAGGCCUUGCAUCAAAUGCAUCCUUCAAAGGCCCCCGGACCGGAUGGGCUUUCACCGGGUUUUUUCCAACGUUUUUGGGAUGUGGUGAAGAACGAUGUUGUACAGCCAUGUCUAGAGUUCUUAAACCAUGGAGGUGUGCUUCCGUCCGAGCUGAAUUUCACCCAUAUUGUGCUCAUCCCAAAGUGUAAUGAACCCAGAACUAUGGCUGACUUGCGGCCAAUUAGCCUUUGUAAUGUCAUUUACAGGAUUAUAGCAAAGGUCAUAGCCAACAGAUUUAAGAUGGUAUUGCAGAGAGUAAUUUCCCAAGAACAAAGUGCUUUCUUGCCAAAUCGGUUGAUUACUGAUAAUUUUAUGAUUGCUUAUGAAAUCCUCCAGUAUAUGAGAACUAGGAAGGCAAGGAAGCGGGGUUGGCAAGCUGUUAAGUUGGAUAUGAGCAAGGCUUUUGAUCGGAUCGAAUGGCCAUACUUAGAGCAAGUUAUGCGAGCUGUUGGUUUUGCUGAAGGUUGGAUAAGGAUAAUCAUGAGCUGUGUCUCCUCAGUCAGAUAUGAGGUUCUGUUCAAUGAAGGCCUCACCGCCAUGCUAACUGAAGCUGUAAGUAGGAAAAGUUUGCAUAGCAUCCAGAUAUGUCGGCAUGCGCCUAAAAUUUCCCACUUGUUCUUUGCUGAUGAUAGCUUCCUCUUCUUGCGUGCUACUGAGACUGAGGCAGCUAAUUUAACGACUAUUCUACGGAGUUAUGAGUCUGCUUCUGGCCAAGUGAUCAAUCUGCAAAAAUCCUCCAUUACUUUUAGCAGCAACGUACAACAAAGGGCGCGUAGUCGUAUCUCUCAAAUCUUGGGCAUGACAGAGGUUGAGCAACCAGGUAGAUAUCUCGGUUUCCCUACUUAUAUUGGUAGAUCGAGAACAACUGUUUUUGCAGGCCUAAAGAGCAAGUUUUGGGCACGGAUAAGUGAGUGGAAAGAACAGCCGCUAUCUAGAGCAGGGCGUGAAAUUCUCAUAAAAUCAGUGUUACAGUCUCUCCCAACUUAUGUGAUGAAUCUGUUUCUUCUGCCUGUAACUUUAUGCACAGAGCUGGAGCAUAUCUUGAAUAGAUACUGGUGGGGAGGAGGGGAGGAUGAACAUAAGAUCCAUUGGAUGCAAUGGAGGAAGCUCGCGACCUCGAAGAAAGCAGGAGGAUUAGGCUUCCGAGCUAUGCGUGAAUUCAACCUGUCUAUGCUCGGGAAGCAGGGCUGGAGGUUGUUGACAUGUCCUGAUUCCUUGGCAACGAGGUUCAUGAAGGCCAAAUAUUUCCCUCGUACGGAUUUUUUACAUGCAGAACUCAAAUCUCCUUGUAGUGUUACGUGGAGGAGCAUCUGGUAUUCCUCUAACUUACUAAAGCAAGGCUGUAGGCGAUUGAUUGGUGAUGGUCGCAGUACUGAGAUUUGGAAUGACCCAUGGCUUCCGGGUAAUGAGCAAUUCUAUGUCCAGUCGCCACGGCCUGAAGGUUGUACCCUUCGUUAUGUAAGUGAGCUAAUUGAUGAAGAGACAAACUCAUGGAGGAGGGAUUUGGUUCUCGAGACCUUCAAUGCACAUGAAGCCCAACUGAUAUUAGCGAUGCCGUUGAGUUGGUUGCGACGGGAGGAUAACUGGUUGUGGCAUUUCACCAAACAUGGCAGUUAUACAGUACGAUCUGGGUACCAUAGAGCUAUUAAUAUGGCUAGAAAUCAUGCUGGUCCAUCUUCAUCCUCCACAAUCUUUGGCGGCAACCGAUUGUGGUCCUUAGACAUUCCGGAAAAGGUGCGAUUGUUUAUCUGGAGUGCCUACAAAAAUGUUCUUCCCACAAAGGACAAUCUUCACAAGAAGAGGGUAGAGGUGGAUUUAGAGUGUCCAAUGUGUGGUGUGGAGAAAGAAUCUGUCUUUCACUCCCUUUUGUCAUGCUCCCUUGCUCGGGCAGUGUGGUUAGGAUGCCCUUUGAACCUUCACGUCUCUGAACUCCAGGUGAAUGACUUUGCAAAUUUUUUUGAUAACACAGCCUGCAUUUUGGAGAAAGAGCAACUUGAACUCUUCUGCUUGUUGUGUUGGAAUUUAUGGAAUGGCCGGAAUGAUGCUCUAUGGAACAGAAAUGGCAUUAAUCCACAGCAAAUCAUCCAACGAACCUUGUCCUUUAUGGCAGAAUACAGGCAAUCUGUAUUAUCAAGAGGCAGAGGAGCUGCAGUAGUGCAGAAGGCCACUGAAACUAGAUGGCACCCACCAGACUUGGGCUUUAUAAAGGUAAACGUAGAUGGAGCAACAUCUGUCCAAAGCGCGGCCUUUGGUAUGGGUGCACUGGCACGGAAUGAUUCAGGGAAGGUGCUGGCGGCUAUGGCGUGCAAAGGACAGGGAGCAGUGGAACCUGAAGUCGCUGAAGCCUGCAGUUUACGGAGAGCUCUCCACUGGGCUCAAUCCCUUGCAUUUGGAAGAAUUAUAGUAGAAUCUGAUUGCGCAACCAUUGUGUCAGCAAUCACAAGUGAAACUUUCAACAUGAACUCCAGCUUAGGCCUCAUUCUUCUUGAUUGCAAAGCACUGAUAGCCUCUUUCGAGUCGUGCCGGUUACAUCAUGUCCGCCGAACUGCUAAUGCUGCUGCUCACGAGCUUGCACGAAGAGCACUUACUGCUGAGGCUGAUGAGUUUUGGGUGGAUGACGUACCGUUUCCCAUUGAGCAUAUUGUAACAGGAGAUCAAUCCCUUAUCUGAAUAUGUACUUCCUGUUCUUACAAUCUUAAUAAAGCUCGCAUAUGGCU